AUGGGUCCCUUCCCAUCAGCUGAAAAAUAUGAAUAUAUUUUACUUGCUGUUGAUUAUGUGUCGAAGUGGGUGGAAGCUAUUCCUACUAGAACUAAUGAUCAUAAAAUCGUGAUGAAAUUUGUGUAGGAAAAUGUUUUUUCGAGAUUUGGAUGUCCUAGAGUGAUUAUUAGUGACGGAGGAACACAUUUUACAAAUAAAUAUUUCAAGGAACUGUUGAAAAAGAAUGGAGUACACCAUAGAGUAGCCACUCCAUAUCAUCCCCAAACAAAUGGGCAAGCUGAAGUAGCAAAUAAGGAAAUUCAGAAAAUUUUGAGAAAAAUAGUUAGACUAGAUAGGAAAGAUUGGCCCACGAAAUUACAAGAUGCAUUAUGGGCUUAUAGAAUAGCUUAUAAAAAUCUCAUAGGUAUGUCCCCAUUUCGUCUCAUUUUUGAAAAGCCAUGUCAUCUUUCUGUGGAAAUAGAGCAUAAAGCAUUAUUGGCUAUAAAAAUUUAUGUGUGGAUGAGAAAUCAGCUAGUGGGCAUAGAAUUUUUCAGCUACAUGAAUUAGAGGAGUUGAGGAAUGAAGCUUAUGAAAAUCAUAGAAUAUAUAAAGAAAAAACUAAAACUUUCCAUGAUAAAUACAUUAGCAGAAAAAAAUUUGAUGUUAGACAAAAAGUGUGGUUAUAUGAUUUUAGGCUGAAAUUAUUCCCAAAAAAAUUAAAAUCAAAAUGGAAAGGGCCUUAUGUGGUGGAAGAGACAUAUGAUCAUAGGGCUGUAAUGAUUAAAGAUCCUAAAAGUGAUCAUAACUUUAAGGUAAAUGGAUAGUGGCUUAAACAUUACAUAGAACAUGAACGUCUUGUAGAAAAAUAAAUUUUAUUAUUAAAAGAAAUUCAAGAGUAAGACCAAGGAGUCCAACUAGAGACAUUAAAUUUAGCGCUGCAUAGGAAGUUCUUUUAAUUUCACAAUACUUGUUUCUAUAUUUAUUUUUUUUUGAAAAAGUGCAGGAGGAGGAGUGUAAGAUGAAGUGGAAAAUUAAAAACGAGGUUGAGGUGAUGUCUUUCUGAGCUUCUUCAUUUAUGAAAAUAUUUUUAAUGCUUAACUUUGCAGAUAUGCAUGCUUCACUUGAAAAUUAUAUUUUCUGCAUAUUUUGUUUCGAGUUUUCUGUGUCAUUGAGGACAAUGUCAUUUUUAAGUUGGGGGUGAAGUAUUCAUUAUUAAUUUAUGCUGUAGGACGAUUAAGAACAUGUGUUUGCAUUUUAUUCAACUUAGAACAGCAACUAAAAACAUAAAAAUAAAAUAAAAUUCGGAAAAAUUGCAACAUCUAUUUUCUGGUUUUCUGUCAAAAACAACAGACUGUCAAAAAUAGCAGACAAAAAACAGCCCAAAAUUUGAAAUUCUAGAAGACCUUUUUCUCACAUUUCAAUCCCCUAGAUAUCUAUUCUGAAAUUCGAAAUUACAGCUAUAAAGAAGAUAGUUUUGAUUUAUUUUUGACAAAUUUAUUGCUGCUAAAAUAGAACUGAAAACAGAAAACAGAACUGUCAGAACUAUCUAAUUUACAAAUUCCUUGCAUCAUAUUGCAUGCAUGAAAAAUUAAAUCAAUUAGAUUGAUUGAUACCAAAAGAUACUAGGAAGAUUAUUAUUUAGUCAAAAGAAUGAUCUAGUAGCAUGAAAUGUUGAAAUACUCUUUGGAUACAUGAUAGAUAAGAUGGAUUUGAUUUUAUAGAUUUUCACUUCAUGAUCUUGAUGGAUAAUAUUUACUUGAUGUGAAAAUUUGAUUGAUCAUUUGAGUGUAAUAGAGAUUUUUGCACCUUGAUCUAUAGGACUUGUGAGGAGAAAUCACUUAUUUCGAAAAAAAAGAAAAAAAGAAAGAGAGCAAUGUGAAAAAUCUAGAAACGAAGAGUACACAUGGAGGGUGACAUGACCCAGUUGUUGUAUAUUAAAUCACGCAAAUAUUAAAUUUAUAAAACUAGAAAAUACGAAUUUUUGGAUAUUUAGAAGUAUUUCUAAAUAAAUAUAUCAAUUAUAAUUCAAUAAAAAUUCCAAAAAUAGUGAUAAUUUUCCAAGUCGAUCACAAGGAUGUAAUAUAAUAUCUGGUAAUUAUUAAGAAUUUUUCUCAAUGAAUACGAUUUUCUUAUGAAUUUUAUACUAGAAAAUAAAAAGGAAAUAUAUUUAAAAUUCACGGAAAAAAGGAAAUAAGGGUGCAGACGUCAGGAUGAUGUCAGCACCAGGCGAACGUGCACCAGGCGGAAACAGAGUUCCACCCGGCGAUUCUUACGUAGGCGAUUAUAGACGACUCAAUUAAUUAAAUUAAGAUCUGUAAAAGUUGGAAGAAUCAAAAUUGAACGAAGUAUAGUUUGGUAAAUUAAAAUCAACAAAGUAUCACUAAAUGAAGCGUAAAUUAAAUUGAAAGCAGGAAAACAGAGUUCCGGUGUCGCGACGACGAUGCAUCGGCAAUGCACCGGAAUCCUGAGCGUUUGGGAGGAUCGUCGUGCAGUGUCCACGACCUCGAAGGCUCUCCUUGGACAAAGACGACGUGGGCAAUCUCUAGAUCUUCUUGCGAAGUCUAGAGAUCAAUGAAGUGGGUCGUCGAAUCGUCUCCGGCGGCUGUCACCCGGUGGAGCGGAAAACGGCGACUUUGCGGCUCUCCGGCGGUUGUCACCCGACGGAGAGGCACUGGAUGGAAGUGGGGCGCGUGUUAGGGAGCUGCAUCCUCAGGUCCGCGCAGCAAGAGGAGGCUCUUCAUCGCAUCUGGUACGCUCUCAGGAGGUGGCGACUGGUCUCCUGGCGGAUCGUCCUCUUCCCAACGACGACUUAUUCGUCGAUCCUUUUAUCGCGAAUCGUUCAGCAAUUUUAGUAGCAAUGCUCCGCGAAUCGUGUUGACGAGAUUUUUGCCGAUGAUCCAGCGAUUCUCGUUGCUUAAUCCUUCAUCGGCGAUCUGCAGGAAAGUCAUGAUAAUCAGAGAAAAAUAUAUAAAUUUUGACUCUGGGAGGGUUCGAACCUGCGCCGGUCGCCCGGCUCUUCUGAGGAAGGUGUGACGGGGGUUUAGUCCCACAUCAGUUGUACGCCGAUUUUUCGAGCGAAUAUAUAGUAAUGUUAGCUUUCUUAGCAAAGUCCCUUCUCUCGCGUGUACGACCACUCCUUGCCCCCCAGCCGGCUGGCCACUGGUGACGUGGAAGGGGAGUGGCGUAUGCGUGCCCUGUCGGUCCCCAAGCCAAGCCCCUGCUCGCGGCUUACUCCUCGAUUGCACUUCUGACCCGCUUGCGGGCUCGGCUGGCCGGCGAGUCCCCCCCAUUUUCGCAAUAUUUUUAUUUUUAUUUGUUCUUUAUUUAUCUCAAAAGUAAGACUGUAAAAAUCGUAUAAAAUCACAUAAUUACCCAAAAAUUCACGUUAAUCAAUUAAAAACCAAAAAUCAUUCUUUAACACAAAUAUAAGUCUAUUUAUCAUGAGUUAAGGCUAAAACUAUAUUAUUUACUAAUUAUUAACUCAUGAUAAUGAAGACUUAUCAAAGGGUGUGAGACAUCAUUCUCAUUGUCGAAAAUCGUGCAUAGAAAAACACUAGUUGAAAAAUAAGUGGAUAAAGUGAAGGCCUUGAAAAUGAAGAGUACACAUGGAGGGUGUGAGACAUCAUUUUUAUUGUCGAAAUUUGUCUAUAGAAAAAGCUACUUAUCCACUAUAUAUAUAUAAAAAAAAAAGAAGGAAGAAAUAUAGUGCAAACUUCAAAAAUUAAGUCAUAGAAAAAGGGAAAUGGAGGAUCAAUAUCAUUCUUGGAUGAGUAUUGAUAAUUGGAACAUCUUGUAAAUACAUCUAUGAGUGAAGAAGUGAUAAAGAUGUGAAUAGAAGAAGUGAAGUCUAGAUUGUUAUUCCAAGGAGUGUUUAAACAUUUAAGUGCUUGACAUCAUUCUUAAAUACUUGAUAUAAGAAUCCAAAGUAUUUAAAGGUACAUCAUUUCUAAUUGUAUUUUUUUUUCUGUAUUGAAAUAUGAUGUUUGAGAUUUGUAAAAUUUUAUUUUCGUAAUUCCAUUGCUAAGGGACUAGAAAUGAUUUAAGUUGGGGACUAUGAUAAGUCUUCAUUAUCAUGAGUUAAUAAUUAGUAAAUAAUAUAGUUUUAGCCUUAACUCAUGAUAAAUACACUUAUAUAUGUGUUAAAGAAUGAUUUGUGGUUUUCAAUUGAUUAACGUGAGUUUUUGAGUAAUUAUGUGAUUUUAUACGAUUUUUACAGUCUUACUAUUGAGAUAAAUGAAGAAUAAGAAAUAUAAAUAAAAAAUAUUGCAAAAUGGGGGGACCCGCUGGCCAGCCGGGCCCGCAAGCAGGUCGGAAGCACAGUCGCGGAAUAGCCACGAGCAGGGGCUCGAGCAGGUUAGCUUGGACCGAUAGGGGCACGUGUGCGCCACUCCCCUUCCACAUCACUGGUGCCCAGUUGACUGUGGGGCAAGGAGUGGUUGUACACGCGAGAGAAGGGACUUUGCUUACAAAGCUAACAUUACUAUAUAUUUGCCUGAAAAAUCGGCACACAACCGAUGUGGGACUAAACCCCCGUCACACCUUCCUCAUAGGUAGGUGACUGGUGCGGGUUCGAAUCCUUUUAGAGUCAAAAUUCAUAUAUUUUUACCUGAUUAUCACGACUUUCCUGCAGAUCGCCGGUGAAGGAUUAAGCAACGAGAAUCACUAGAUCAUCGGCAAAAAUCUCGUCAACGCGAUUCGCGGAGCAUUGCUACUAAAAUUGUUGAACGAUUCACGAUAAAAGGAUCAAAAAUCCAUCAAGUGAAUCCUCUUUGAUUGAUCAACAAACAAGCCGUCGUCGAGAAGAGGAUGAUCCAUCGAGAGAUGAGUCGCCACCUCUUGAGAGCAUACCAGAUGCGAUGAAGAGCCUCCUCUCGCUGCGCAGACCUGAGGAUGAAGCUCCCUGACACGCGCCCCACCUCCAUCCAGCUCCUCUCCGUCGGGUGACAGUCGCCAGAGAGUCACAAAGUCGCCGUUUUUCCGCUCUGCCGGGUGACAGCUGCCGGAGACAAUUAAACGACCCACUUCAUUGAUCUCUAGACUUUGCGAGAAGAUCUAGAGAUUGCCCACGUCAUCUUUGUCCCGGGAGAGCCUUCGAGGCUAUGGACAUUACAUGACGAUCCUCUCGAAUGACACCAAAACUCUGUUUUCCUACUUUCAAUUUAAUUGACACUUCAUUUAGUGAUAGUUUGUGUGAUUUUAAUUUACCAAACUAUACUUCAUUCAAUUAUGAUUCUUCCGGCUUUUACAGAUCUUAAUUUGAUUAAUUAAAUCAUUUGUAAUCACUUACGUAAGAAUCACCAAGCAGAACUCUAUUUUUGCCCGAUUCGUGUUUGCCGGGUGCUGAUGUCAUCUUGACGUCCGCACCCUUAUUUCCUUUUUUUUUCAUGAGUUUUAAAUAUAUUUCCUUUUCAUUUCCUAGUAUAAAAUUCAUAGAAAAUCAUAUUCAUUGAGAAAAAAUCUGAAUAAUUACAAAAUAUUAUACUACAUCCUUGUGAUCUACCUAGGAAAUUACUACUAUGUUUGGAAGUUUUAUUGAAUUAUAAUUGAUAUAUUUAUUUAGAAAUACUUCUAAAUAUUCAAAAAUUCGUAUUUUCUAGUUUUAUAAAUUUAAUAUUUGUGUGAUUUAAUAUACAAUGACUAAGUCACGUCAGUAAUCUUUUUACUUUGGAAAAAGACUCAAUACAUUUCUCAUCAAAAUUAAAAGGCACAUCUUUAGAUAAUAGCAUGGUGAGAGGUCUAGAAAUUUUGGGAAAAUCUUGAAUAAAUUUUCUGUAAUAACCUGCAUGACCCAAGAAAGAUCUAAUCUGUUUUAUUGAAUUUAGAGGUUUCAUUUUAGAUAUAAUAUCAAUUUUUACUCUAUUCACCUCUAAAAUCCUUUCACUCACAAUAUGAUCCAACACAACUCCCUCUUUAACCAUAAAAUGUGAUUUCUCCCAACUCAAAACUAAUUUUUUCUCUAUGCAUUUCUCAAGUACGUGUUGUAAAUGAUUUAAGCAUUCAUCAAAUGAUUCACCAAAAAUAGAAAAAUCGUCUAGAAAAAUUUCUAUGCAGUUUCCAAUCAUAUCAGAAAAAAUAGACAACAUACAUCUUUGAAAUGUGGCUGGAGCAUUACACAGACCAAAAGGCAUGCGUUUCAAAGCAAAAGUACCAAAUGGAUGAUUGAAAGUUGUUUUUUCUUGAUCUAAAGGGUUUAUAUAAAUUUGAUUAUAACCAAAGUAUCCAUCCAGAAAACAAAAAAAGUUUUUUCCAGCUAAUUUUUCUAAAAUUUGAUUAGUAAAUGGUAGGGGAAAAUGAUCUUUUCUAGUAACUGAAUUUAAUGUUCUAUAAUCAAUGCAAACUCUCCAAUUGGUAGUUAGUCUUGUUUGUAUUUCAUCCCCAUUUUUGUUUUUUUAACUAUGAUCCUUGAUUUUUUUGGUACUACUUGUGUAGGACUAACUCAUUUGCUAUUUGAAAUAGGAUAAAUAAUAUCAGCAGCCAGUCACUUUAAAAUUUCUUUUUUUACAAUUUCCAUCAUGUUAGGAUUUAAUCUUCAUUGUGGUUCCCUACUAGUUCUAGCUCCUUCCUCUAGAUAUAUACUAUGCAUGCAUACACUCAUAUCAAUGCCCCUUAGAUCAUCCAUUUUUCAGCCCAUAACCUUCUUAUUUUUUCGAAGUACAUCUAAUAGUUCUUCUUCCUGUUCAUCACUCAAAUCAGCUGCAAUAAUAAUAGGAAAUGAAUUACUUUCCUCCAAAAACAUAUAUUUUAAACUAGAGGGAAGAGGUUUCAAUUCUAAAUUCAGAUGAUCUUCCUCUUUCUUUUCUUCUAAAUUUAUAUUCUCUAUUUCCUCUAAUUCUUCAAACACAUAGUCAUCAAUAACAUCUAAAUCAUCAAAAUCAUCUAGAAGAUCUAUGGUAUGACAAUCAUAUAUUUGGGAUUUCUUAAGAUCAUUUGAUACCUAAAAAAUUUUAAUUUUUACUAAUUGAUCUCCACAUGAAAUUUUCGCAAUACUUGUGGGAAAAUCAAUAUUCAUCUUUGCUGUAUGUAAAAAUGGUCUCCCUAUGAUGAUUGGUGUAUGACGUGACUCAGUCGUUGUAUGUUAAAUCACGCAAAUAUAAAAUUUAUAAAACUAGAAAAUACGAAUUUUCGGAUAUUUAGAAGUAUUUCUAAAUAAAUAUAUCAAUUAUAAUUCAAUAAAAAUUCCAAAAAUAGCGGUAAUUUUCCAAGUCGAUCACAGGGAUGUAAUAUAAUAUCUGGUAAUUAUUCAGAAUUUUUCUCAAUGAGUACAAUUUUCUUACGAAUUUUAUACUAGGAAAUAAAAAGGAAAUAUAUUUAAAAUUCACGAAAAAAAGGAAAUAAGGGUGAGGACGUCAGGAUGACGUUAGCGCCCGGCGAAUGCGAAUAGGAAUUACUCACUAUUCACUCGGUUUAUGGUCAAUAAUAAGAUUAUGUUAUGUAGGAGAGAUGGCCGAGUGGUUGAAGGCGUAGCAUUGGAACUACUAUGUAGGCUUUUGUUUACCGAGGGUUCGAAUCCCUCUCUUUCCGUUUCUGAUCCUGUGGAAUCAUAUUGAAUAUUUGACGAUAGAUUCCGUACCUUGCUAAAAAACUGAUCCUUGUUUACCAACCACACAUUGUCUAACCAAAUCAAAUUCUCUCUCGAUAUGUUCCUCAAAAAAUCCGAUUCGUGCCGAUUCUUCCCCCAACUAACGAAAAGAUCUUGGCGGAAUUGCCACAUAUGAAAUUGAGCACAAUUUUGCAAAGAAAUACCCCACUUGUUUCUCGAGAAGAGAUUGAGUCCCAGGUUCCCCAAUUGACUGACCCGCAAUAAUACCUACAGCUUCUCCCAAUUCGAUCAGGUCACCGUGAGUAGGACUCCGCCCAUAACAUAAUUAACAGAUCCAAGAUGUACUCCUGCAAGUAAAUUAAGUUCAAAUAUGUAUUGCGGAAAGAGAGUUCCGCUUGGCGAUUCUUACGUAGGCGAUUAUAGACGACUCAAUUAAUCAAAUUAAGAUCUGUAAAAGCUGGAAGAAUCGUAAUUGAACGAAGUAUAGUUUGGUAAAUUAAAAUCAACAAAGUAUCACUAAAUGAAGCGUAAAUUAAAUUGAAAGUAGGAAAACAUAGUUCCGGUGUCGCGACGGCGAUGCGUCGGCGAUGCACCGGAAUCCUGAGCGUUUGGGAGGAUCGUCGUGCAGUGUCCACAGCCUCGAAGGCUCUCCUUGGACAAAGAUGACGUGGGCAAUCUCUAGAUCUUCUUGCGAAGUCUAGAGAUCAAUGAAGUGGGUCGUCGAAUCGUCUCCGGUGGCUGUCACCCAGCGGAGCGGAAAAACGGCGACUUUGCGGCUCUCCGGCGGUUGUCACCCAACGGAGAGGAGCUAGAUGGAGGUGGGGCGCGUGUUAGGGAGCUUCAUCCUCAGGUUUGCGCAGCAAGAGGAGGCUCUUCAUCGCAUCUGGUACGCUCUCAGGAGGUGGCAACUGGUCUCCCGGUGGAUCGUCCUCUUCCCGAUGAUGGCUUGUUCAUCGAUCAAUCGGAAAUGAUUUACUCGAUGGAUUCGCGAUCCUUUUAUCGCGAAUCGUUCAGCAAUUUUAGUAGCAAUGCUCCGCGAAUCACGUUGACGAGAUUUUCGCCGAUGAUCCAGCGAUUCUUGUUGCUUAAUCCUUCCCCAGCGAUCUGCAGGAAAGUCAUGAUAAUCAAAUAAAAAUAUAUGAAUUUUGACUCUAAAAGGAUUCGAACCCGCGCUGGUCGCCCGCCUCUUCUGAGGAAGGUGUGACGGGGGUUUAGUCCCACAUCGGUUGUACGCUGAUUUUUCGAGCGAAUAUAUAGUAAUGUUAGCUUUGUGAGCAAAGUCCCUUCUCUUGCAUGUAUGACCACUGCUUGCCCCACAGCCGACUGGCCAUCGGUGACGUGGAAGAGGAGUGGCCGUACGCGUGCCCUGUCGGUCUCCAAUCCAAGCCGCUCGAGCCCCUGCUCGCGGCUUACUCCCCGACUGCACUUCCGAUCCGCUUGCGGGCCCAGUUGGCCAGCGGGUCCCCCCAUUUUUGCAAUAUUUUUAUUUUUAUUUCUUGUUCUUCAUUUAUCUCAAAAGUAAGACUGUAAAAAUCGUAUAUAAUCACAUAAUUACCCAAAAAUUCACGUUAAUCAAUUGAAAGCCAAAAAUCAUUCUUUAACACAAAUAUAAGUCUAUUUAUCAUGAGUUAAGGCUAAAACUAUAUUAUUUACUAAUUAUUAACUCAUGAUAAUGAAGACUUAUCAGUGUAUCAUAAAACUGUCCAUUAAAAUUCAUUUCUAGCACUACAAAAUCAGCUUAAAAUUUACACCCUUUAACUAUUACUAUCACAUUUUCUAAAAUACCUUUAGGAUGUUUUAUGGAUCUAUCAGCAAAUUGUAAGGUAACAGUAGAAGGUUUAAGAUCAGAAAUAUUAAAUUUAUCACAAAUACUUGCAGGUAAUAAAUUAAUACUAGCACCAGUGUCAAGUAAUGCAUUCUAAAAAAUGGAUCCACCAAUAUCACACGAAAUUAAAGGGGCACUUGUAUCUCUCAAUUUAUAUGAUAAUUGAUUUAAUAAUAAUGCACUAGUAUGCAUAGAUAAUUUUUCUACUCUAAGUGUCCUUUUUGGUGUACACAUUUCUUUCAAAACUCUAGCAUAUUCAAGAAUAUGUUCAAUGGCAGUGAGUAAAGGAAGACUAAUUUGCACAUCUUGUAAAAUUUUCUUUAUUUCUUCAUUGUGUUCCUUUUUCUUUCUUUGUCUAGGCUCUAGAGCUUUAGGAAAUGGAAUGGUUGUCCUCUCUUAUGAAAUUUCCUUGGUAGAAUCUAUAAAAUCCUCUUCUACUCCUAUUUGAUUUUGUUUUAGGUCAUCCACGUUUUCUUUUUCUUCUAAUAUUUGGGGAUAAGAAUCAGGUAAGAUCUUACCACUCCUUAAUGUAUUCACUGUCCUAAUAUUUUAAUUUCGUGAGUUUUUUGCUAGAUUCAUGCUACUAGACUCCCCUUGCUGAAAUCCUAUUGUUGGGUAGUUCCCUGGAUUUUUUAUGGGCUGACUAGGUAGCUGUCCCUCUUUUCUCUUAUUCCCAAGGGACUCUAUAAUUUGUUUCUAGUGUUGCAUCAUUUGAUUCAUAAUUUGUUGCAUCAUUUGGCUCAUUUGCUGCAUUAUUUCCAUAGUAUCAGGUUGGGUUUCAGAGGGCUGAUUUUUCUGAAAUCUGUUUUCUUAUUUUGGACGAAAUUUAG